UCGGACUUGGACUUGUCUCCAAUUUCCCACCCGAGAGGCCGAGACGAGACCCGGCUCCUCCUUCCUCCUCUGUCUCUGGUCGCCGCAGCCAGGGGAGACCAGGCCGCGCGAGCUUCCCCCGCCGUGGAGGGAGAGACGAGCCCGAGCCCGUGCCCGAGCCACCCGCCCCCGUCUCCUUCCCCGCGUCGCGCAUUGGGAUCUCGCCGUCCCAGCUCUGCGCGGCCGCUCAAACCCUAGCCGGCCCCGGGGGGAAAGAGGGGAGUCCCGGACGACGACGGCGGCGGCGGGGAUCGGCACGCUUCAUUGUGCUUGGUGGAUGAGGACAUUGCAAUACAGUGGGCGGAGGCCCAAUUAGGACCCACAAGUUGUCCAGUGAAGAUUAGAAAUUGCUGCCCUAGAAGAAACCCAUGCUAGUGAGGGAAACCAAAAAAGAAAGCUGGCUUGUUUAACUGAAGUGAAGACAUGUCCAAAUCUACUACUGCUAAGGCUAGCAGGCACGUUGAAUUGAAGAAACAAUCUGCAGCCAUAUUAACAAUAGCAAAUGGCCACGCUUGUAAGAAGGAAGCAAUUAACGGUGACGACCUUGGUCAUGAUGCGAAAUUCACUAGUACUUGGGUCUGCAGAAAUUUGUCUUGUAAAGCUAUUGUAACAUCUGAAGAUUCUUUCUGCAAGAGGUGCUCAUGUUGUAUCUGCCAUCAGUUUGAUGACAAUAAAGAUCCUAGUCUAUGGUUGGUUUGUGCAUCCGAAAAUGAUGACAGGAACUGCUGCGGUUCUUCUUGCCAUAUUGAGUGUGCAUUCCAACACAAGAAGGUCGGAUGCUUUGACCUUGGGAAAAUUAUUCAUCUUGAUGGGAGUUAUUCUUGUGCUUCAUGUGGAAAGGUUUCCGGAAUACUUAGUUAUUGGAGAAGGCAACUGGUGAUUGCAGAAGUGGCUCGACGAGUAGAUAUUCUCUGCCAUCGUAUCUAUGUGAGUUAUCGGCUAUUAGAGGGAACAAGCCAUUUUAAAGAAUUGCAUGACAUUAUUGAAGAGGCAAAAGGGAAACUGGAACGUGAGGUUGGUCCACUUGAUGGAAUGUCAGCAAAGAUGGCUCGUGGUAUUGUAAGCAGGUUAUGUGGUGGUAGUGAUGUGCAGAAACUUUGCACUUUAGCGAUUCAGAAAGCUGAUGAGUGGUUAAGUUCUCCAGAUUUGCAUCUUCAAGAUUCCUUGCCUUCUGCGUGCAGAUUCAGAUUCAUAGACAUUACAUCUUCUUCCCUUGUUAUCAUCUUAAAAGAAACUACAUUAGCAUCGUCUGACACCAUCAAAGGUUAUAAGCUAUGGUACUGGAAGAGCAGAGAGCAACCAAGCAUAGAAGAGCCUGUAAUUUUGUCCAAAGAUCAAAGAAAAAUACUUGUUUUCAACCUUGCCACAUGCACAGAAUAUUCCUUCAGAAUUAUAUCAUUCACAGAUGAUGGGAUUCUUGGGCAUUCUGAAUCUAAAUGUUAUACUGGGAGCAAUGAGUUAUUGACCAAACGUGUGUCACAAAAUGCAACGGCAACAUGCUCUCAGGCAGAGAGAAGAGGUAGGAGCCUGGCUUCUAAGUCAACUGGAUUCAAGAUCCGAGAUGUUGGGAAGAUCUUGCGGAAAGCUUGGGCUGAAGAAGGCUAUUUUGAGGAUAUGUACGGAGAUUCAUGCGACAGAAGUGCCACAGAAGCAGAGCAGCCAGAGAACAGUGAAAGGGACCAGUUGUUAGCUGGUGCUUGUCGCAGACUUCAGUUCAAUGCAUUUUCUGUCCCUGAUUUAAAUGUUGAGGCACCCAUGCCCAUGGACACGGACUCUUCCCCUGAGAAGUGCUAUGAUUUGAAUAACAGACUCUUAAAAUCAGAUGAGAGUGGUGGCUCUGAGGCUUGCGCAGCAGUCAGGAGUGCAGAACCACCUGCUGUUGAAUCCCGGCGUGGGGGCAAGGCAAAGCAACUCCAUGGUGCGCAUGAUGAGAGUUGUGAGCAGGAUGGGGUUUCAGCUAUCUGCCGUGAGAAACAACUUCUUAAAAGUCCCAUGGAGUUGGAUGAGGACUACGAGUACUGUGUGAAUGUGAUACGGUGGCUGGAGACCCAGGGACACAUAGAGACUGAUUUCAGGAUGAAGUUCUUAACUUGGCUGAGUCUAAGAUCUACAGAGAAUGAGCAUAGGGUGGUGGCCACAUUCAUCAAAACACUAAUCAAAGAACCAAGUAGCCUGGCCGAGCAGCUUAUUGAUUCUUUUGGAGAAACGGUAAACUGCAAGAGACAAAAAGUAGGUCCUUGCAAGCAGCUAUGGCAUUAGGACGGAGGAUAGCAAUUGAAGAUUUCUCUAACUCGUUUAUAAUCUAUAGUUUCUGAGAUCAAGUGCAGUGAAAUCUGGCUGGUUUGAUUGCCCAGAAUGAGAAUGGGUUUUAGGUUUAUGAACUUAUAAUCAUAUGGAAUCGACUCAGUCCGCCAGAUUAUAACUCCAUUCCAUACUAGACCAGAGUGUGCACAGUUGUUUUAUUAUUCAUCAUUUGAGCCUAUGGAAAUAGGAUAUUGGGUUUACUUAGAGAUUCUCAUGUGGUUAUUCUACCUAGGAGGAGAAUUAUUUUAGGCAGAAAAUUGGGGGUGUUGCAUUUAAAGAAUUCUUUUUCCACAAGGAUGUAGUGGAAAAUUUUAUUCUAUUUCCUUUUUGGUUUAGUACUUUCCGUCAAGAGUCCUGGGACAAUCUUAUAUGGUGUCAUGUUAUGUACUGUAAUAUGGUUUACCUCCGCUCGGUCCUGCAGCAUGGAUAUAACCUUUUUGGUGCUACAUGUUGGUUCAAGCUGGCUUUACAUCUUGAAACAUGCAUAGGGGUUCUCUUCUGAAGCCCCUGGAUCUGACUUGCGCGACGAUGCUUUCUUGGGCACGGCUGGAGUUCUUUCUUUCCUAGGUAAAGGUGCUCGGCAGGGUUUUGCAGGUCUUAGGUCCUGUUUGUUUGGGCUGCAGAUUACUGAGAGGCAGCUGGAGCGAGCGUAAAUAUUGCAGGUCUUAAAUUGUGUUUACCUUUCACAAUUUGUUUACGUGUUUCCCAGUUAUUGAGAGGCGCCUGAAUUGCUUGGCGCUUGUAAAUGAAACGAGGACAAUGUAAAUCAAGUACUCCCUCCGUCUCAUAUUAAGUGACUUUCUAUUACAUGUAUCUAGACGCUUUUUAGGUACAGAUACAUCCAUAUUUGGACAAAUUCGAGUCACUUAAUAUGGGACGGAGGGAGUAUGUAUUAAUGAAGUUUGAUGGAACAA